CCACGUGCUCCGGAGAGUAGAGCGGGCGAGCGCCGCGCCGCUCGGGUCGCGUCUCGCGCAGUCGACGUCGUGCUGCACACGCGCCGCUCGUUUUCAUCGUACGCGUGCACUCUAUCGCCGCGCUCCGAUAUAUCCGCGCGACGAGAUAUCUGGCUCGGCCGCUCUGCUCCUGCACCAGUGCCCGGCCGUGAAUUGGAUUGACAUCGACUGCAAUCACGAGUGGAGCGGACAGUUCCCUUACUGUUUCUCGUCGAGUUCGGAAUACUUGAAAGUGUUGUUGUUGACAAAUUAGUGACUCGUGUAAUUACUCGACUGCAUCUUACAAGUGUUGCAACAUUCUCGUGUCAUUUGCGCUGCGGUGCGAAUGACAGCGCGUGCGCGGGCGCAGCGAGCGCUCUGCCCGCCACUCGCACGGCCGGCCCCCUGCGACGCUCCACUCCACUGGAUUUCUGCCACAUACCUGGUCGCAUCAGCUGCUGCCUUCGGCAGGUCCAGGCACGCCGGCGCCCUCAGAACUUCGCCACAGCGCUGAAGUAAAUGUAUUGCGUGGCGGCCACUGCACCGAGCGGCCGAUGGUCACGUGAUGUCCGCAGGCCGGCGGUCCUCCGCGCUCGCACUCAGCGCCUGCACGCUACUUCUUCUCUUGCAAUUAACAUGCACCACCUCCGGAACAGGGCUACAGGGUGGAGAAGAUGACGACGAGUCGACAGUAAUAGUGAGCGCGGUGUCGGCGGACGGCACGUGGGAGAGCGGCGAGGCGCUGGCGCAGUUCGCGGCGCUGAGGAUGCGCGCGGCCGGCGUGCGGGCGCGCGCCGCGCCGCCGCCCGCCGCCUGCGCCGCGCCCGCGCCGCCCGCCGCGCCCGGCGCCGCCGCCUGCCUCACGGCCGCGCUGCGUGCGCUGGCCGGCGGCGCGCUGCACGCCGCGCUGCUGCCGGUGCCCGCCACCGGCGCGCCCGCGCCGCCCGAGCUACGCGACGGCGGCCUGGAGGAGCUCGGCGACGCCGCGCCGCCGUCGCGCCGCGCCUGCCUCGCCACGCGCCCGCCGCUGCGCUCGCUGCUGGACCUCGCCGAUGAGAACGCCGCCGCCGCGUACCGCCUGCUGCCUGAACACCUCGCCCCUAUUUCCGAAGUUUUCUGUGAAUCUUCAAACUGCACAGUAGCGGAAUUCACACCUCAUCAUUGUAUUGAAAAAAAUUCUACUUGCGCGACGAUACUCACCAGUGAUGACAGUGAAGUCAAAAUACUGACUGACGUCAUUAAAAAACGAAAUUUGCAUACUCGCGUGAUCGGUUUUGGACCAUACCUCGUGACUAUCACUAAAGCUCUGGCCGCUCACCGGCCUGUUUUGGUGUGUGAUCAUGCUCCCGAUCUCACCGAGCUGGCCUACCUUAACGCUACCCACCUCGGUCCCCCGCCCUGCGAAGCCGAGAGAGUAUGCCCGUUUGAGCCACGGCGGCUCAUUAAGCUCGUAAAUGCUCGUUUAUUAGCGCGAUCUCCGAGCACCCUUCGCAUCCUUGCACGCUUGCAUCUCGAUACUCAAGACUUGCGGGAACUCAGCAUUCAAGCCCGCACUAGCGGACCUCAAGAAGCUGCUAAAGCUUACAUUAAUACGCGCCUUCAAGUGGUGUCACCGGGGGAAGUGCGCACUGCGGUGCUUUUACCUUCGAAUACGUCGCGACAGGCGUACGACGCGAGGGCGCUAAUUGCAGCUGCGACGCUCGCUGAGCAGGAUCUCGAGGAAGAAAGCGCGCCCCAAGUUGCGCGAUUCAAAACAGAACUGACAGAUGAUGGCUGCUCCGCUCCGCAGGCAUACAAGUACUUGACAGACGCUCUCGGCACCGGCGAGUACGGAGCUUUGUCGGCCGUUGCAGGCCCGGCUUGUGGCGCGGCAUUUGCCGACGUCGUACGGCUAAGUCCGGCGCAUAUGAUGCCAGUGUUGGCGUACACCGCGCAGGCGCCGCCGCCGCCUCCCGCUGCUGAACUCACACUGCUAGCCGCUGGCGAUGCGCGUCUUUACGCCGAAACAUUUGCGUCCCUUUUAAAGCAUUUUGGGUGGCGCCGACUAGCCGUCAUCAGUGAACCGGCCACGCGAGCCUUCCUCGAUGAUACACGACUUCAAGCCGACAUUAUCGUACAUGUUGAGUUGCCGGACAGUGGCACUGAAGUUCAUGAUGAGCUUAUUAAACGGUGGGCAGAGCGCGUGGCGAGCCUGAACGUGCGCGUGGUGUGGGCGUGCCUGGAGGACGCGCGCGCCGUGCGCGCGGCGCUGUGCGCGGGCGGCGCCGCGGGGCUGACGCCGGCCGCCGGCGCCGUGUGGCUGCUGCCCGGCGCGCUGCCGCCCGGCUGGCUGGCGCCCGCCGCCGCCGACCGCCACGCCUGCUCGCGCGCGCGCCUGCGCCGCCUCGCGCAGGGGCACGUGGCCGUGGCGCCGCGCUGGCAGGCCGACUGGGACGACGGCGGCCACCGCGACCGCGGCGCCGCCGCCUGGCAACACCGCUGGCGCGUGCGCUGCUGCGGCGCGGCCGGGACCGCCGCCUGCGCCGCGCCGGCCUGCGCCGCGCCCGGCGCUUCCGCCGCGCUGCUCUACGACACCAUGCGACUGUGGGCCGGCGCCCUGCGACACGUGCUAACCGUCUACCCGGCCGCGCUCGACGACCUGCACCGGCCCGAACUAGUCAGAAUGCUGAUCGAAAACGUUACAACUACCGAGUACGUCGGUCUGACGGGUCGUUUCGAGUGGACCUCGGCCGGUGGAGUUCGAGCACGCUCGUCGCCUUUGGUAUUACGACAGUGGUCUAAUGGUACGAGCCGGCGAGUCGGUAACUGGGAGAACGGCACGCUUACGAUUGACGAAAAUGCGCUGCGCUGGUACACCGCAGACGGUCGCCAGCCCGACGACGGUGGGGAACGAUGCGGUAUCCAGCCGCUCGCCGAUUUUCUACAUAGCGACUGCCGGGCGGCGUUUAUAGUGCUCAGUUCGAUUUUACUCGCAUCGUUGAUAUGCUUACUAAUCGGUGUCGCUUUACAUUGCAAACGUCGCGCAGAAAUGGAGUACCGAGCCCGUCUCGCGGCCCUGGAUAUGCGUACAUUUGGCCUAAAACCGGGAGGUCUCGACCGGUGGGAAGUGCCCCGGGAACGCGUGGUCAUAAAUAGAAAGCUCGGUACGGGCGCGUUCGGAACCGUGUACGGCGGGCACGCCUUGCUUUCCGAGGACCGAGGCUGGACGGCCGUGGCCGUAAAGACGCUGAAGGCCGGCGCGACCACAGAGGAAAAACUCGACUUUCUCUCGGAAGCGGAAGCAAUGAAGCGAUUCGAUCACAAGAAUAUAAUUCGUUUGCUAGGCGUGGUCACGAAAACUGAACCAGUAUGCACCGUGAUGGAAUUCAUGCUGUACGGCGACUUGAAAAACUACCUCCUUGCUCGGCGGCACCUGGCAUGCUCGGGCGGCGGCGGCGGUGGUGACAGCGGCGAGGCGGGGCAGGAGGCGGCCGAGGAGGUGUCGGCGCGACAGCUGACCAGCAUGGCGCUGGACGCAGCGCGGGCGCUGUCGUACCUGGCGCAGCUGCGCUACGUGCACCGCGACGUAGCGGCGCGUAACUGCCUCGUCAGCGCACACCGCGUUCUUAAGCUUGCCGACUUUGGCAUGACGCGCCUCGUCUUUGAAAACGACUACUACCGCUUCAGCCGCAAGGGGAUGCUGCCGGUGCGCUGGAUGGCGCCCGAGAGCCUCGCCCUCGGCGUCUUCUCGCCGGCCUCGGACGUCUGGUCCUUCGGCGUGCUGCUCUACGAAAUCGUGACGUUCGGUUCGCUGCCGUUUCAAGGCUUGAGUAACAGCGAAGUACUGACUCGGGUCAAAGCCGGUCAGACUCUCGAACUACCGUCGGGGCUGAAGCCGCAGCUGGAGGGCUUGAUGAAGUCGUGCUGGCAGCAGGACUACAAGGCGCGGCCGAACGCGUCGGAGGUGGCGGCGUUCCUGGCGGACUCGCCGCGGCUGCUGGCGCCGUGCCUGGACGUGCCGCUCGACGCGCUGCCGCUGGACGGCGACGCGCCCUGGCCGCCCUGGCCGCCCUGGCGCCUGCCCGCCGACCGCGCAGAGGCGCGCUGGGUGUCGUGGGCGGCGCCGCCGUCGGCCGCCACCGACACCACGUACCUGAGCGCGGACGCGCCGCCGCCCGACGAGACGGACGCCUUCCUCGCCUGACGCCGCGGCCCCACGCUGCUGCGUCCGGCGCCCUGUGUUCAUUUUCAAUUGAUCAUUCCAAGAUAUUCUAGUCAAUUCGCAAAUGUUAGUGGUGAAGGUGGGUCGAUACUGUACGAAAUAAGUACAUUUAUUUGAUAACUAAUUAGUUAAAUAAAUUAAGCCAAACGUUGAAAAUAUGCUUUAGUAUUAUACAAAUCAUCGAUGUAAUAGGUAUAAAACAAAAGAGUAGCUGAUCACCUCGCUGAUAGAUUUAAAAGCAUGAAAUUUUAAACUGAACUUCCUAUAGUAACGUAAGUACUAAAAAAAACAACUUAGGCCUCAGGAAUGCCAACAUGUCAUACGUCGCUGUUCCUAGCAUAAACAGUGUAUCGUAUGCUGUCCGUGUCUACGAGUAAUAGAGAUAUCAGACGAGAUAAAUAUCUUAUUCACUGUUUAAUAUUUGUGUCAAUAUUCAUACACAAAUGCUUUAAAAGUGAUGGUUCCCACUUUUCAUCAGCUUGUUUAUAACUUUAAUUUAUAUAAAAAAAUUUAAUUAUUUAUUAUAAGUAAGUUUUCGUAUAUAAAAUCGAAAAAAUAAAUGAUAUCACAUGUAUCUUCCCACCUCACUGAACUUUAGUUAAACUUUGUAAAUAUUAAUUAUAAGUUAGUAAAAAAUAAAAUUUUAAUAAAAAUACAAAUUGUA